GAGAACCGGAAGUCGCGCCCUUCAUUCCGGAAACGGGGAGCUAGAGCUGGAGCCUCUGUCGUCGUCGUCGUCGUUGUGGCGUUGGAGGCCCGACCGAAAGCGCGCGACCCCCGCCCCUCCCUCCUCCGCGCCAUGAAGUGGAUGUUCAAGGAGGACCACGCGCUCGAGCACCGCUGCGUGGAGUCGGCCAAGAUCCGGGCCAAGUACCCCGACCGUGUCCCGGUGAUCGUGGAGAAGGUCUCGGGUUCCCAGAUCGUAGACAUCGACAAGCGGAAGUACCUGGUGCCCUCGGACAUCACGGUGGCACAGUUCAUGUGGAUCAUCCGGAAGCGGAUCCAGCUGCCCUCCGAGAAAGCCAUCUUCCUCUUUGUGGACAAGACUGUCCCACAAUCCAGCCUGACCAUGGGGCAGCUGUAUGAGAAGGAGAAGGAUGAGGACGGCUUCCUGUACGUGGCCUACAGCGGAGAGAACACCUUCGGGGCCUGAGGGGACCUUCUUCCUUCCUGCCUGCCUUCCUCCGCCACCGCCGCAUCCCUUCCUUGUAAAUAGCGCCUUGCCUGCAAUCAUGGCUCCAAGGCACCUCCGGCAUCCCUCCCUGCGUUGACCUAAUAUGUGGGUAGGGGUGUUUCUCUUGCUGUUGUUGUUGUUGUUGAUGUUAAUUAGCCUGAUAAGUUAUAAAACCGUUUUAUUUCCGCAUUGCACAUUGUAGUCAUAGCUGUAAAUUCCAUAGUUAACUUCCUCUGGGACGUAUUCGAUGGCAUUAUUUAAACAGGUGAAGGGUUGAAAAUGAAGGUGGGAGCGGGAUUUUGAAAUGAACGUUUGGCUAAUUAUUAAUAAUUACAGUUUUGUAGCAACGGGAGAUUCUCGGCCUAGAGAUGCUGAUCUCGGUUACUUUGUUCCUCUUGAUGAAUUUUGCUUGAGGAAGUAAUUAAAAAAAUCCUCACACAAAA